GAAGGUUCACUCUUAAGUGAUCGCUCGUAAAUUUGUCUCUCCAAAUAUUCACUCUUAAAUUUCCGCUCAUAAACUAGUGCAUCGUAAAGGUUGGGGAACGUGUCGUUCCCCAAAAAGCUAUAAUCUUUCUCUUGACUGUCCUCCAUGCCUCGUUCUUUUCAAAAUGGCGGAUAAGAUUUCAAUGAGCCAGCGAUAUAUCUCAGUCAGCGAUAUAUCCCUAACAAUGUAACGUUGAAAAAAAGGACCGUCUGCAUUCUAAGACCGGUGCCAGCCUUCGGCUGGGGCCCGCUAAAAAAGACACUAAAUUGUAGUCAACAGUUACCGGUACCUUGCAGACGACUUAUGGACGGACUCAAGCAAAACUCAGACAACGAUAGGAUGACUGGAUAAUCGACAGUUAGACAAACAAUAAACGACGGGUCGAAACGCGCAAAUCACAUUUAUAGUCUUCAUAGUCAAUAACAUUAUAGUCUGCUACACAGCCGUUUUCAGUGUCGUCACGCAACGCUGGGGAGGAGCGUUGCGUGACGACACUAAAAACGGCUGUGUAGCAGACUAAUAACAUUAAGGCUUAACUGACAGACGACCAAUAAAAUCGCGACUUAGUUGACCAAUCAGGUCAAUAACUACAGUCAAACUUCCCUUUACGGACACCUCAUUAAUACGGACAGUUUGCCUUGUUCCAGGGGAAAGAAAGCCUUUGCCCUAAAUUCAACUCGGACACUGAGGGGGCCUUAGAAAGUGUUUAACUGUACGGCAUCAACUGCUGUGAUACAACUCAAUUUGACUCUGUAAAGUUGGUUGUCGAAACGCAUUCACUGUAACAACAGUCCUAUUCAGGACUUCACUCACUCGGGCGAUCAUGCUCAACCUCCUUAUUUACUGCCAUGGUUAAGUACCAAACUCUGUUCUGCAGCAUUAGUAACAGAGAGCGGAUUAGAGAGAUUUAGAGCCACGUUUACGACAAACGGCAAAGAUGUAUUUGUACCACGUGACCAAGCCUCUUGCCUCAUUAGUUCCACGUUAGUUUUGUCUAUAGCAAUUGUUUUGGACUGUUUUUAGCUGCGCUUUUUCUAUUUUCAGAAAUUCCCAACUUGAAUUUGAUGUUUGCCGUUUGUCCUAAGCGUGAUUCUGAGUAAUCUAAUUCUCUCUUUUCUAAUUCGCUCUUUUAAGAGUAACGUUUACGGCAAAAGUGAACCUAAUUUUCCCUUUACUUGUCCAUCACAUCUUCAGAAAAGUAGUUGGUUUCACUCUAGCCUUAUCCAUAAGGAUUGUUUUGGACGGUUUUUAUCUGCUCAUUUGCGUUAUUGAGAAAUUCUCAACUUGAACCUGACCGGUUUGCUGUUUGCCCGUGACUCUGACUCCGUCUAAGAUGUCUAAGUCAUAACUAAGGGCGAUUACAAUCAAGAAAUGAAUUAUAUUUCUUUCAUCCUAUCGCAGAAAAGAGUGUGGAAGUUACCAAGCCUUUUGGUGAAUUCAGUUUAGAUUGUAUUCUCUCUGCUGGCUUUGGACUCAAAACAGACAUGCAAACCAACCCAGAUCCAGUACUGGUGGAGAAGGCUUUAACUGUGUUUUACGUACCAGUCUACAUACGGGCACUGACCAUGUUUCCGUUCUUUCGCCUGGUGAGGAAGAUCUUCCAGUUAAAUCCUAUUCAACAUGUUCCCUUUUUCGCGAACUUAGCAAAAGAGGUUAUUGAUCUUAGACGAAGUGGUUCAUGUAGUCGCAGAGAUCUGGUCCAGCUCAUGUUAGAAACAGACGAGGUCACAGGAAAAAAGAUCACUCCAUUAACAGAUGAGGAAAUCAUCGGUCAGUGCAUCGUGUUCUUUGUUGCGGGUUCAGAGACAACUGGCGCCACACUGGCAUUUGUUGCCUACUACCUCGCCCAUCAUCCAGAUGUGCAAGAAAAGCUACUUAGAGAAAUCGAUAAUGCUGUAAAAUCUCGAGAUGGUGCAGUGUCCACAUAUGAGUUUGUUCAGGGUCUAGAAUAUCUUGAACGAGUUCUGUCUGAAGUUCUUCGACUGGCUACAGUUGGCUAUGUUAAUGUACGUGAGUGCAUGAAGACUUGUGUCAUUGAAGGCGUGGAGUUUCCUGCAGGGGUUAGCCUUUACAUACCAGCCCAUGUCAUUCAUCGCAAUCCCGAGUACUGGCCCGAGGUAAUUAUAUAGUAAUUGUACUAAUCUAUGUUUACCAAGUUCGUUCUGCUGAACUAGAUCCCAGACUUUCUCUCCUCUGGCAAGUUGGCGAAGAGGUCUUCCGCCCCUGCAAAAGUUCCGGGGAUGCCGGAUGCGCUUACCGAGACCUGACGUACCCCGGUUUGACAGUGUCCCACACAACAUCACUCUGGUCAGAGUAGCCCACUUUAGAUAUAUUAAAAUUCUCACAUAACUUCAAGACUUUCUGGUCAUAUUUCUAUAACUGGUUUAGUUUUCUCUGUGCCCAGGUCUCUUCUGGGAAUUGCGAAAUAACGAAGUUAUGACGAAUUUGCAAUUUUGACCCUAAAGCUUCGGAGUGAUGUUAGAAUUUUGAUAUAUUGAACGUAAGCUAUUAGGAGUGCUGACUUCUGGGUAAAACACUUUUAGAUUAAAUCAGACGUAAUGAGAGGUGAAAAACGAAAAGAAGGUAAGAUAAGAGAGGAUCGGAUAAGAUAAAUAAAUAGUACAAAUCACUUCAGCGUUCUGUCGGUCGGUUUGCAUGAGCAGUCUAACUUCUCAGUCGCGCUGCCUCGUUCAUGAAAGAAAGGAGAGGCAGUAUAAACUAAAACAAAUAUAAAACAAACUCUUUUAUUUCUUGCAGCCAGAGAAGUUCGAUCCAGAACGCUUUCAUCCAGAAGAGGUGAAGAAGCGCCCAGCUUUCUCAUAUUUGCCUUUUGGACUGGGACCUAAACAGUGCAUUGGAAUGAGGAUGGCUGAAUUGGAGCUUAAAAUCGCGCUGGUGGAAAUUCUGCAGAAAAUAAAGUUUGAGAAGAGAGUAGAUACCACUGAAAAACUGGAAUUCCGUGCAGCAACCAUCUUGCAGCCGCGCGAUGGCGUUUAUGUCAAAGUUGUGGCCCGAUCACAAAACAACAUUGACAUUUAAUUAAAGUUGCUAGCUUAAAUGUAAUACCUUAUUCACGAUACCCGCCUCUUUGCACGCGAGCUAGGAUUGAUGGGAUAAACGCAAUGUCACGUGGUAUUUCACGGGCCAAAAAAAUGAUCAAAUAUUGCCAAGUAAUUGCGGUGGAAUUUUUGUAUACUCUAAGCAAGAGACGACGAUUUGAGCAGUCCAACAGUCCAUCAGUCCAUGCUGGGCGAAUGCAACGAUAGUGUGUAUCAUGAAUAAGGUCUAUUCGAUCCAAAGUGAAAUGUGGACGCACCAAUUUGUAGUAAUAUAAUUAUUUUAUUUUUAUUUUGUUUUUUUUUUACUAGCUUUGCC